AUGUCUAGCGCACAAGUGUCUCAGCCUCCAACACUGCAACAGCAGCAACAUCAACAGCAACAGCAAAUUUCGCAUUUCCUGAAUCACAUUGCAGCCGCACAACAGCAACAGCAUCACCAACAGCAAAGCUCGUCGCCACAACGCAGUGAUUACCAAAACGAUAAUAACACUAGUUCCACUUUGUCGCCUCGAUCACCUACCCAUUCCAGUCCUAUACGUUCACCUCACUCACCGCGCUCGGCCACGAAUUCGCCACCAAGUCCCCAUCCCGAAAGCAAUCAUCCCGUCUUGCACCUGCCACCCACUUCCAACGCAGGCUUGCCGCUAAUAGUGGCUCCUAUACCCGCUUUGCCACACCUUGCCUCUAUGGCGCCCACUUCCGUGUCCAACAGUUUGCGUGAUCAGCGCAUAUUUCCACCGUCAGUCACACAAGCACCGCCACCACCACCAACCAUAGCAGCGCCACGUUUAUACGAUGCAUUCGCGCCGAAUGCGUUACCCGUCGGCCAUCCCGCCUUGGCAAAUGGCUGCUAUCCCAUGCCUCGCCUGCCGCUGAGUAACGUCAUGUUAGCGCAGCAAAACGCAUCCACUUCACCUCCAGUAGCUACCGCGACCGCUCAAAGUCAACCGAAGAAAUCUUUUUGUAUCGAUGCGUUGUUGGCGAAAAAUCAGAACAACGACGAUGUACUGGAAAAUACUGCUUUGAAACCGUUGACGGACGAUCGGAUAGCUGCAUUUCAUUAUGCGCGCGAUAAUACAGAACUGAAUCAAGCCAUUGCCGCCGGCAUUAGUGAACAGGAGGCCCUACAACGGAUAAGAGACUCCCGCGAGUAUGGCACACCAAGCCCCGAUGGCAUGUCGAGAUCAGAAUCUCCCACAUCUUCGCAUCGAUCCAGUCCGCCCAUUAGUCCAGGUUGUGAAGAUCAACACCAUAUAGGCAUUCCAAUGGACUUUCACGAUGAAUUUAAAAAACCUAUCCCUCCACACAGUCCCAUCAGACCGCAAGACUUCCCCCUUUAUACCGGCGGCCAUCCGUACCAAUUGUUGGCACAAGGAGGGUCUGCGUUUCAUCGUCCAUUGGAUCCAACAGGCAAACCUAUUCCUCUAUCCAUGGGCCAUACUUUCAUGCCAUCUCACCUUCAAUUCGAAUUUUUGGCUCGUGCUGGUAUGCUUCACCAUCGUAUACCCGAACUGGCAGCCUAUCCACACCAUGCCAUUCUGGGUAAAACACGCCGACCACGUACGGCAUUCACUUCCCAACAGCUACUCGAACUCGAAAAACAAUUCAAACAAAACAAAUAUUUAUCCCGCCCUAAACGUUUCGAAGUGGCCAGUGGCCUGAUGCUUUCCGAAACGCAGGUGAAAAUCUGGUUUCAGAACAGGCGUAUGAAGUGGAAACGUUCGAAGAAGGCGCAACAGGAGGCAAAGGAACGUGCCAAACAACAACAGCAACAGCAACAACAGAGUACAAACAACACCAGUUAGUUGCAGACCGACGAGGUAAUUUUACGAAAUGGGACACACGAAUUGACUCAUUAUUCCAAAUAUUCAUCCAACGGAUCAAACGUUCGCACUGCCACCAACAACAGCCCCAACAGCUAUGGCAAUAAUUAUAAUUCUAGUCAAACACUUACGCCGGACAACGAACUUGGAGCAUAGCAUUGUAUCCAGAUGAUUUGCUGCCUCCUACUCGUAUGUUGGUGGGUAAAU